UUAUCUAUUUCAAAAUUCUCUCUACUGACGAUGACUCACCCGUACCAAGAGAUGAAGGACAUGAAGAAACACAAGAAACACUACGACAUGUUAGGCUACAUUUGCGAUGCCCAGUAUGGAAUUCCUACCCGUUGCCCAUGUGGUGGUGAAAUCAAGACAGAUGUUUCUCCAAAUCCUAAGUAUCGCCACGAUUUCGAUACCUUGCCUGGGAGUAGGUACUUCACCUGCAAGAAUUAUGAGGACGAUGGGAUGCACUUUCGUCAGCCAUGGGCUUUUGGUGUUGAGGAUGAAGUGAGGCGCCUAAGGAUGGAGGUGAAUGAUAUGGCUGAAGAGAUUGCUAAGCUUAAGAGGAUUAUUACCUCUACCUCUCGUCCAUGA